CAUAUCCAACGAUCGUUUUCUACAAAAUUGACUAGUUGAUCACCUAAAAAGUGAUGCACAAAGCUAGCUAAUUAGAUACACUUAAGGAACACGUAAGUUCAACAUAAUACAACCAUGCUAAAUUCAGACUAAAAUAACGACCUAACGCAAACAGGCAGACCUUUUGAACUUGUGGGCGUGAACGUGUGAGUAAUUCUGAAUACGGCGACAGAAGACCAUCCAUGCAGCAAACCCUACGGCAGUUUGGCAAGAUAGUAAAAAUUACAGUGUGUAUUUACCAUGAUGUCGGACAACGAGUCCAUAAAGAAAAUGUUGCGGUCUGUACUCCAGUCCAGCAAGGCCGGCGUGUCUAUUACCAGCCUCCAGUCAGAGUACCGGUCACUGUGCGGAGAGAGCAUCCCGCUGAAGAAGCUGGGCUACUCAAAACUGGAGGACUUCCUCCGGAGCAUCCCCUCUGUGGUCCGCCUGGAGUACCGGAUGGGUGAGUUGAAAUGCUUUGCUGCAGUGUGUCAAGAGACAGCCCACAUUGCUGAGUUAGUGGCCAAGCAGAAGAGCUCAAAGAAAUCUGGUCGCUCCCAAGUCGUCAACUGCAGGAUGAGAUUCAAACCUUCCAACCCAUACAUGCUCAAUGUGAGGCCGAGGUCCUCUCUCCGCCAACCCUCAGCUGGUGGUACCUCUAACUGGCCAGCAAACCGUUCUCGAUCCCAUGGCGGCUACAGAGGCUUCAGUGCCUCAGGAGACUACAGGAAGUCAGACCAAAGGUUAAGCUCCAUCACCCCUGUUGAACACAGACAACCGGCUCCUCAACCAGCUGUAAAACAGUGUGUCAUGCCUGACAGGGAAAAGAAGUGCUUGGCAAACUGCCGGAAGCCUAGAGAGAAGCCUCCUGAACAGGUCUCCAGACCCAACCAAUCCCAGUCUUGUCUCUAUGACAUGGAGCUGGUGCAGAGCAGAGUAACUGAGCUCCUGGAGAAAUACUGCAGUGGAUUGUGGAUGUCGAAACUAUCAGGCGUCUACAGUCAAAUGUUCAGUCAGGAGCUUCACCCUCAGGCGCUCAUAGAUCUGGAAAAAUGGACACACGUCUGUAUGGUGGAGAAACCUGCCAGCACCUACCGAGCUGAUCGCCUGAUCUACCCACCUCUGCCUUCUACUGUCUUUAGAAGUAGCACCACCAACACCCGUCCAGCGUCACCCACCGAUUCAUGCACUAUCACCACAUGCAUUUCUUCACGUCCCUCAACACCUGAACAACCUUCCACCCCACUCCCUCCUUCCCCUGUUCCUAAACCUAGAGUUUCCCCCCAAAACCCCUUGGCUAAGCCCACCUUCAUUUUUCCUCCACAACCUGUUGCUGCCUCUUCAGGCAAGCUGUUGUCUUCAGUCACAUUGCGUAGCCCUGCCCGCAACCUAUCUCUUGCUCCCCAUCUGCCCCCCUGCGUCAAUCUGGCAGUUAAUGCCAGUGGUGGGUGUAAAGAUAACUUAACCUCAACUACUCUCAACCACAACCAAAACACUCGGCCCUUAGCCCCUACGUGGACUUGCCCUGCAUCAACCAACGCUCCUCCAUUGGCUUCCUCCCUCCAACCCGGACCUGACAUUUUACCUCUUUUGAAGGUCACCUUCUCCCCUACCUCCGAUUCUGCCCCUUGUCCUCCCUCAAAAUCUUCUGCUAUUGUGUCAGCUCAGGUGCGUCAAAGAAUAAAGGAGCUUCUGUCCAUGUACAGUCAUGGGCUGUGGGCCCAAUCUUUGCCCAGACUUUUUAUGGACACAUACAAGACUCCAUUCCCCAAACAUAUUCUGGACAACUUGUCUGUUUUGUUGGAUAUAUGCACUGUGGAGUACCCCUUGCCACAUGACAAGAAGAAGGCCAUCUUGUAUAACUCCAGCAGAGCAGACAUGGAAGCCACAGAAGUCACCAGAAGCCAUCCCCCUCCCUCUGGUCUGGAGGUCCUGGGUCCUGUGGUACCUCCCUGUCUGGUUCUUCCCUCGGAGCAGUACCCCUCUGUGCUGAUUACUGAUGUCAAGAGCAGUAAUGCUCUUACUAUAAGGUAUGUAGGUGAGAACUACUCCAAUGCCCAGGAGGCCAUGGAGGAGGCCAUGCGCUCCUUCUACAGCCAAAGCUCUACCCACCAUCCUCUGUCUAACACUGUUGUUGGCCAGCUGGUAGCAGUCAGAGGGGAGGACGAAGAUGAGCUGGCCAGAGCUCAGGUCAUGGAGGUUAUGACCCCUAACAAGGUCAAGGUAUAUUAUGUGGACUAUGGCUUCUCUGUGGAAACCAGUGGGACUAAUCUGCUGGAACUGCACCAGGACUUCCUCUCUCUACCGUUCCAGGCUACUAAUGUUAGACUUGCAGGUCUAGAGGCAUUCAGCUCCCAUCCACUGGUGCUGUCUUCCUUGGACAAGUUGGCAGUCGGAAAGAUCCUGCUGAUGGAGACAUUAGAGCCGUGUCAACAGAAUGAGAUGCCUGUGGCAGUGCUGUAUGACACUUCGCAGGAUGAUGAUGUCAACAUCAACUCCACCUGCCUGAAGGCUCUGCAGGACAAGACCAUGAACAACCCUCUGACUGUAAAUGCUACCUAUCAGGACGUGUGUGUCACAAAUGUGUGUGCAGAUGGUAUCAUCUACUGCCAGCUGCCCUCCAGAGGAACCGCAAGACUCAACAAGUUACUGGAAGAAACAGAGGGCAUUUUCACCUCCCAGAUGACGUCUGAGUCUCUGGUAUCCAGACCGUUUAGUGGCAAGGUCUGUCUAGCCCGCUACAAAGGAAAGUGGUCCAGAGUAGAGAUCACCAACAUGUACGGCAACAGAGUGAUGGAGAUCUUCUUCAUUGACUUGGGUGUCCCAGCAACUGUAGAGGUCACUGAUCUACGAGAGAUCCCCCCUCUUUUCCUCAAAGACUUCCCCAUCAUCCCACCACAGGCUAUCAAAUGUCGCCUGGCUGACCUCACAGUUCCAGAGGGAGACUGGAGCCCAGAGGCCGUUCUGUGUGUGAAGGAGGCUCUCCUGGGUGCCAAAGACUGUAAAAUGAAGAUCUUGAAAUUAGACCAGCACAAAGGGGACUGGCUGGUCUAUAUGUACCUCUUCAUUGGUGCUGACAGUCGUCAGGAGCUGGACAAGAGCAUCAACUAUCAGCUGGCCCAGUCAGAGUUGUGGCAGAAACUCACAACACAGAACAACACAAUCACCAGCAAUAACAGCAGCGUGGAUACAGGUCUCAGUGCUUUAGUGGAGAAGAUGACUCUGAGCAACCCGUUCCCAAACCCCAUUGUCAAGGCCUCAGCCCGACCUCUACACGGAGCAGAGGACGCUUCUCUUCCAGAUACAACCACCAAAACUGGGAUACAGCCACUUCCGAUGCCUCCCCCACUGGAGCUUCCCCAGGUGUGUGGAGAGGGACAAACUUUCUCUACGGGCUCACCUGGUCAGAAUAUGGAUGUGUUUGUGCCAGUGGCCUGCCAUCCUGGUUACUUUGUGCUGCAACCAUGGCAGGACCUGCAUAAACUGGUGGUGUUGAUGGGAGAGAUGAUCCUCUAUUAUAACCAGACAUGGAAGACCAACACAGCCACACACAUCCAGAAAGGAGAGGUCUACGCUGCCAAAAUAGACAAGAAUUGGCACCGCGUGCAGGUGAAGGGGAUUCUGGCCAACGGGUUGGUUUCGGUCUACGAGUUGGACCACGGCAAACAUGAGCUAGUUCGCAGUACUCUCCUCGGGCCUUUGAUAGAGGAAUUCAGACAGCUGCCUUUCCAGGCUAUCACUGCACAACUGGCAGGUAUGACACAGCACCAGUGGUCAGAGGAGGCCUCCAUGUUAUUCAGGAAUCACGUGGAGGGUCGAGCGCUGGUAGCCCAGGUGGAGAGUGUGCAGGAGUUGUCUGAGGUUAAAGGUGAGCAGUGGGAACGCAGGUUGACAGUUUAUCUGGUGGACACUGCGUUGGAGGACAGGGACCUCUGGAUUCACAGCAUCAUGGCCGACAUCGGCGAUGAGCAGCUGUCUUCGGCAGCCUAGGAUGUCUUCUCAUGCAUGUUGGGGAAAUUAACCAGCACGCUGACUAUGUGACUGGAAGUUUAACUCCCAAAAUGUAUUCUUGAACCAACAACUGGUCUUUUCCUGGUUCUUUUCAUUUUCUAAAAAUGGUGAAAGUGCAGUCAAAAGUCACUUUCUCUGCCCUUGGUUCAUUUUCACCAUUCUGGAUCUUUCUCCCAAUCAAGAAGCCCUUUAAAUUUUUGGGUCAUAGUUAAGGACCAUGUCACAUUAAGACUGAAGAUGUUGUUUUGUUGAGGAGUUUAUUUUUUCUGAAUUUAAGGACUGGAAAACUUACAUUUGUCUCAGAGGCACUAUUUAGUGCAGUUAUACUCAAAAUUAAUGAGCAAAACGAUGGCAAACUUCAUCAACACUUUUUUUUUUUCCUUCAAGUUUAGUCACCUGUGUGUUGCAUGGUUUGUAUGUUAUUUAUGACUAUUCCCUCAUCUCAUUUGUUUUUUGUUAGCUGUGCCUUAUGCAUGCCAUAGUGUGUCUCAUUUUGCACUUAAUUUUGUGUGUAUUUAUGUUUUUACUUUAAUCCAAUUUAAAUGACUUAACUGCAUUAAUCUACAUAGUUGUUAAAACUUCACUGAUGGGAACACCUUGUUUAAUAUCCUGUGUUACUUGAAAAGAACAAGUUGUAAUAUUUCUAGUGUUAUUUCAACAUGAAAAGCUGUUCACAAGGAUUUGUUCUAUUAAAUGUAGCCAAAGGAUGGUGUACUUUGACUGAAAGCUUUAAAAAAGUUUUUGCCAGUGUUCUGGCAAUGUGAGCUGCUACCUGGGGAUGAACUGCAAGUGAAAUUAAAGAGCUGUCAUGUGUAGUAUGUCAUUCUUCUAUGCCCGACCGGUGGAUUCUGUCUGGUGGGUAAAACAGCUAUCAAAUGGCUUUAAAGUACUGUAGCUCUUUCUGUCAAGUAGGAAAUACCAAAUCAGUAUGACCUGCCAGUAGUAAAUGUGUUUAUAUACAGGUCUUUCAGGAAGGAAUUAUCUGUAAGAAGAGACUACCAACAGUGUAAAUGUCCUUACAAUUACGGUAGAUACAUUUUUGUUUUCAUUACCUUUUUAUAUGACAGGUACCUGGCAGCAUGAGCUGUCACUUGACGACCUUCUUUCUUUUUAAGCACAUUUGUAUUUCAUUUGAUAUUUCCCACCUGGCAGGAUAACAAAGGCUACCUCACCUCGAACACUUUAUUUCACUGGUCACUCAUCCUGAGAGCAGCUCAAAUUUUCAGAAAGACUAAAUGUGAAAUCUAACUGGAGUAUAUCUCAAUAAAUUAGUUUCCCA